GUUUGGUUGUCAAAUAUGACAUUUCUUGUGUUACUUAAUUUCUUUUGCUGUCAUCUGUCAGUCGACGGAAACAUUAUUUUUCAAAAUGGGUCGCGUUCGGACUAAGACCGUCAAAAAAGCUGCGAAAAUCAUUAUUGAAAAAUACUACACAAGAUUAACUCUUGAUUUUCAUACCAACAAGAGGAUAUGUGAAGAAAUAGCUAUUAUUCCUACUAAACCUCUUCGUAACAAAAUCGCCGGUUUCACAACCCAUUUGAUGAGACGUCUCAGACAUUCCCAAGUACGUGGAAUCUCCAUCAAGCUGCAGGAAGAAGAGCGUGAAAGGCGUGACAACUUUGUCCCUGAGGUUUCAGCCCUGGAACAUGACAUCAUUGAGGUGGACCCUGACACCAAGGACAUGUUGAAAAUGCUUGAUUUCACAAACAUAAAUGGUCUCCAAUUGACACAGCCUGCCACACAAGGUGGAUAUGGUGGCAGACGUAAUUAAGGAUAAUAAAUUUUAAACUAUA